UCGUCCCAUCCAUGAAUCCGACCAGGAGAGAUUCGAGCUGCUCGAAGCGCCCAAUUAAAAGUGCUCAUUUGUCUUUGAUUAUUCGUCCGACAUUCUUCAUCAUGUAGACUGGAUCCGUGGAGCACAUAAGAAGCGAAUGAACAAGAACAGCUAGAACAUGCACGCAAUGCCGCUCGUCAGACGGUGGACGUCGAGGGCUGCACUCGAUAUAAAUUAGAUUAUUGGAUUGACUUUGACAGAUUACAGCGCUCCGAUGCUUCUCGAGAAAACCACGCCAAUCUAAUAAUAGUAUUCGUAUUUCACACCAGGGUUCUGAAAUAUUAAAGCCAUGCUGGCCAGCUUUAUGGAAGGUCUGCUCUGCUGCCUCACCUCAAAGUCGACCAAUGUUGUGGUUCCUGUCGAGACGUCCGAACCUAGCGACGGUUAUGAGUUUGUCGAAGUGAAACCAGGCCGGGUGCUUCGCGUUCGACAUAUAAUCCCUGAGCGGUCGGUGGUGGAGCAACCUACAGGAGAGGGUGGGUGCGUCAGCUGCAAGAGGAGGAUCUCAGUCUUCUGCAAUGGACAGCUAUUCAUCGAGAACCUGGGGGACAGUGCAGGUGCGGCGCUAAAAACCUGCCAGAAUGGUGACACAGAACCGAGCAGCACUGUAGAGGUGGAACUGACAGACUGUGGCAACACCUCGCUGCCCACUGGAGUCCCUGAUACCAGGUCAGACUCGGUCACAGCAAGAAAAACUGUAACAUCCGAGAUGGGAGCAGGAGGGGACGCACUCGCCGCUCCGCAGGUCGAAGCGUCACAGAACUGCCGCAAACGGAAGCUCAAGCGCACUGUGGUGAUUGACUGCGAGAGGAAAAUAUCACCGUGUAAAGGGACGCAUCCAGAUGUUGCUCUGUUCUUCAUCCACGGUGUUGGAGGCUCACUGGAUAUCUGGAGGAGCCAGUUGGACUUUUUUUCCCGACUGGGCUAUGAGGUGAUUGCCCCGGACCUGGCAGGCCACGGGUCCAGCUCAGCACCUCCAAUACCCGCUGCGUACACCUUCUAUGCCCUUGCAGAAGACAUGCGAGUUAUCUUUAAGAGAUAUGCACGCAAGAGGAAUAUUCUCAUUGGACAUUCUUAUGGAGUGUCAUUCUGUACGUUCCUGGCCCAUGAGUAUCCGGAGCAGAUCCACAAGAUGGUGAUGAUCAAUGGAGGUGGCCCCACAGCUCUAGAGCCCAGCCUGUUCUCUGUCUUCAACUUGCCUUCAUGUGUGCUUGACUGCCUCUCUCCACUGCUCAGCUGGAGUUUUCUCAAGGCCGGUUUUGCUCGUCAGGGUGCAAGGGAGAAGCGGUUGCUCAAAGAGAACAACGCCUUCAAUGUGUCGGCUUUUGUGCUGCGUGCCAUGAUGAGCGGGCAGUAUUGGCCCGAGGGGGAUGAGGUCUACCACGCUGAGCUCACAGUACCCACCCUGCUGGUUCAUGGAAUACACGACAAGUUUGUCCCCGUUGAAGAGGACCAGCGUAUGGCAGAGAUCCUUCUCAUCGGCUUCUUAAAGGUCCUGGAGGACGGCAGUCAUAUGGUCAUGAUGGAAUGUCCAGAGGCUGUCAACACACUACUGUAUGAGUUCUUCCUCUGGGAGCCUGCAGCCCCUCCACCACCAAAGUCCAAAGCCCGUCCAGAGACUGCCAAGGCCCAAAGUGACAAGACCAAAGCUGCGCCAGACCCUGCCAAGAUCCGACCAGCAACUGCUUUGCAGGCCUCAUUAAACAGUGCAGCAGAGGUCAUGUUCGACAGAGGGGACAAAAAAUAAGUCAAGGUUUAACGGUGACGGCGAUCAAACUUGAAGAAAGUUCCGUGUGAUCACACGUGAACUGAGAUGGCUUGAGCUGAAAAUGUCCAUGGAAAGGGUCCGGCUGAAGGUCAGUCAUGAAGGCGGGACACAGUCAAGAAGAUGUGUCAACUCAAACCAAGCAUGAGGAGAAAUGAAAUGGAGCUUGAGUCAUUGUGACGAGUCAAGACGCUCCGGGAGAUGUGCCUUGAAGUGAUGCAUGCUCAUCUUUUUGGGUGAGAUCUGAAAAAAUUGAAUUUUAACACUAACAUUUUUGCCAUGUGAGCCAGAACCAUCGACACAUUUCCAGUAGCAUUUCCUUCUAGUAAAAUACAAGUUGUAGCAAAAGAAAAAGCAAAUAUGCGACUUGCCAUGUUGAUGCAAAGAGACAAAAGAAAGUAAAUGAAACUGUUUACAUGUGAAAUGUAGUCAUAGGCAAGGCCUAUGACCAUACACGGAGAACAUGCUUUACCAAAAAACGGGACAUAACAUGUUUUUGAGUGGUCUGAAGUCUGUAAAUGCGUGCAUAUACAAUAUUUUUGUACCAAAAUACAAUAUCUUUCCAGGUAGUUCAUUAAAGGACCUCUCAAAUGCUGUGAA